AGUCACAUAGCAGGGUUAAGGUCACAUUGCGUCAUUAUUAAUGACCAACAGUUAGAUUAAUCGACUGUCUGCAGCCAUAACCACAACGGGCAAACCCGGUGCUCUAUGAGAACUUCCAAGGUCUCAUUAAAGAGAUAACGAGUUAGGAACAGGAGAAGAUUGAAUGGCCUGAAAACUACACCAAAGGAAAGACUACUAUCUGCCUGUUGAGAGGGCUUGGCACCAGCUACCUGCUUUUGGGAGAUAAAUUAUCCCGAAAAUAUUGGCUACAUUUCAAACAGGCUGUUCAGACUACUAUGCUAUCUAUUUUGAAUAAGACAUUUAAGCAUUAGAUUGAAGCGUCUGGCAGAGGGAUAUUUUCUUCCCAGGACAUGGGGAAUGGAAUAAACAAGGUGCUGCCUGAUCUCUAUCUGGGAAACUUCAAAGAUGCGCGGGACAAGGAGCUGUUGGCAAAGCACAAUAUCACCCACAUCCUUUCCAUCCAUGACACCGCUGCCCCCAUUCUAGAGGAGAUGAAAUACCUCUGCAUCCCUGCUGCGGAUGCCUCCAAACAAAACCUGACCCAGUUUUUUAAGGACAGCAUCAUUUUCAUCCACGAGUCCAGACUCAAAGGGAAAGGCUGCCUGGUCCACUGUGUUGCAGGUGUGUCUCGCAGCGUUACGUUGGUGGUGGUGUACAUCAUGACAGUUACUGGGCGGGGCUGGGUGGAGUCGUUAGCUGCGGUGAGAGUGGUACGGCCGUGUGCUGGACCUAACGUGGGGUUCUUAAGGCAGCUAGAGGACUUUGAGAAUCUAGAGUUGGCACAGUAUAGGGAAUGGUUUAAGGACAGGUAUAAGGAGAACCAUUUUAAUGAUGAAGAGGACAUCAGAGCCCUUCUGUGGCAGAAGUCUCAGGCCAUCAGUGAGUCCAUAGCAACGGCCACGGCAACGGCGGCUCAGCUAGCCACCAGCAACACAUGACCCCGUGGUCUCCUGCCUGCUCAGCCCACGCCAGACAGCUGUCACUCACCCAAUGCCCAGCCAAUCACCGUUUCUGACUUCAAAAUAUAUUGGUGGGACUGAGUUUCUUAUUCAGUUCAACCAACUGUAGGUUAGACCAACUGUAAAUGAGGGGGAUUUCUCAGUGGUCCCUGUGUGCGACUGGGUUCUUGCUCUCCCUUAACAGUCACAGCAACAUGCAAGAGCAGUCAAUCUGAACGCUCAGGAAAGAUACCUUACCUUACAAGCCUACAUUACACACACAGAGAGAGAGAGAGAGAGAGAGAGAGAGAGAGAGAGAGAGAGAGAGAGAGAGAGAGAGAGAGAGAGAGAGAGAGAGAGAGAGAGAGAGAGAGAGAGAGAAAACCUCUAACUACUAUCAUCUCCCCCACUCCUGUCCAUACACACUCCCUCCCCCUCUGAGAGUGCGGCGUGUGUGGGUUUGUGUGUGUGUGUGUGCUUUGUGUUUAGCCUAUUACGAGGAAUACAUCUCUGUAUAUUCAUAGGCCUAAAAGGUAUGUGAAACGUAGGAGAUUUUGAUUAUUCUUGACCAUGGCAUAUAAAAAAGUACUUACAAUGUGUCUACUGUUACCAUGCAUAUAGAGGUGGUUAAAGUUAGGCAAUAUCACCAAGCACAGACACAUUUUCAUGUUAUCCCCACUAGGCAAUCUUCUUUAUCACAAUAAUAAUUAGCCUAUGACUUUAUUUAUUAUAAUGAGUACAUAGGUUACUUAUUAAAAAAUGGUCUCUGA